AUGUCGAACACGCCUCCACCUGCUUUUGACGGAGAGCUCAAGGGAGCCUAUCCCAAGGAGCUCGACGACUCUCCUAAGCGAGAUAACGGCGCCGAAAGACAACUGAAGUGGAAGCUCGAUUCACGUCUCAUUCCAGUGAUAGUUUUCCUCGCCAUGAUGAGUUCCGUUGAUCGAAUAGUGAUCAGUUUCGCAAGGUUGGAAGGUUUGAAAUCGGAUCUGCAUUUGACGGACAUUCAAUACGACACCGCACUCGCAGCUGCUUAUGCAUUGCACUGCCUGGUACUUGUUCCAUCAAACAUGUUCUAUCCUGCACGUAUCCCUCUAUUAAGAAAUUUGCUUAGGCCGUCAUUGUACAUUGGGUGUUGUGCUGUCCUGUGGGGAAUCAUCAGUGGUCUGACUGGGCUAACAAAGGACUACGGCAGUAUCCUCGCGUGUCGUGUACUUCUUGGUGUACCUGAUGCUGGAUUUUAUCCGGGUUGUUCGUAUCUCCUGUCGAGAUGGUACACGCGCAAGGAACUUGGAUUACGGUUGGCGUUAUUGCUUACUGGUGGAAUGAUGGCACAUGCAUUUGGUGGCCUGUUGGCUGCUGCAAUUUUAGCGAUCUUGAAAGACAAGUUCCACAUAGCUGCCUGGAGAUGGCUGUUCUUUAUGGAGGGUGCUGUAACUGCCGUUGUUGGAAUUCUGUCGAUGUGGCUGCUUCCCGACUAUCCCCACAAUACUCGGUGGCUGAAUGCCGAAGAGAGACGCCUUACACAGCUUCGACUUGCCAAAGAUGUCGGCGAAGCAGAUAUGGACUCGGAAGAAGCUAGCAUUUUCGAGGGUCUCCGAAUGGCCAUGAAAGAUGCAAAGACUUAUCUCUUUAUGCUCUUGGCAUUCUUCCUAUUCCUCUCAGGGAGUUUCACUAAUUUCUUCCCCACGUUGACUGCCACCCUUGGUUACUCCACAAAUGUUACCCUCCUGAUGUCUGCACCCCCGUGGGUCCUUCCCGCAAUAGUUGGUGUUAUUAAUGCCUGGCAUUCCGACCGCACUGGCGAACGGUUCUUCCACUUGGUCACAUAUUGGUGGAUCACCAUUGUCGGAUUUAUCAUAUCACUAUCCACAAUGGCAACCGGUGCAAGAUACUUCUCGCAAUACUUGAUGGCCCUACGCUCUGGUGGUGAUAUGGUAUUCAUUGCGUGGGUCGCCAAUGCAAUCCCUCGUCCGCCCAGUAAACGCAGUGUCGUCAUUGCUCUCACGAUUACCGCUGGGAACGCCGGAACUAUAGCUGGUUCGUAUAUCUGGAAGGAGAGUUGGGGCCCACAGUAUCACCCCUCGUUCCUGAUAUGCCUAAUCUCCCUCUUGGCAGUAAUAGCCGUCGCCUUCGUUAUUCGGACCAUCCAAAUACGGGAAAACAAACGAAUGGAACACCUGGAAAUAGAUGACUUGGAAAAGGAUGAACGUGAACGUAUCGAAAAAGCGGCGGAAUUGGAAGGUAUGACGUUUGUUGACGCGUUCAGACGCCGGAAGCAGUUGCCGGGUAUUUAUUAG